AUGCUCACAUUGUAUUCGUCUUUUGAACCGGCCGGGAUAGUAUUUCACUUAAAAGAGUUCCGCGGCGAUCAGUUAGCAAUCAUAUUAGCGGUUCUGGAAGGGCGAGAUGCGCUUGUUAUUAUGCCUACAGGUGCAGGCAAAUCACUUUGCUAUCAACUUCCUGCUGUUAUGAGUACAGGUGUCACAUUAAUUGUUUCACCUCUACUUGCGCUGAUUCAUGACCAAGCAAAUGCUUUGUUAAAAUUGGGUGUUAAGGCUGCAGCAUUGAAUUCGUCCAUUGGCAAAAAAGAACGCGCCAGUGUCAUGGCAGAUCUCGGGCUUGCAGUGCCUACCACGAAGCUCCUUUACGUCACUCCUGAGCUGCUUGCCACAGAGGAAUUCCGCAAGCACCUCUUUGAAUUAAACCGCCGGAAAAUGUUGUCUAGACUCGUCAUUGAUGAGGCGCAUUGCAUCAGUCAGUGGGGACAUGACUUCAGAAAAGAUUAUUUGAAACUUGAUUACUUUAGGAAUAAAUUCCCAGAGCUGCCGAUCCUCGCAUUGACUGCUACAGCAACAGAGAGAGUGCGGCAGGACAUUAUUACUACUCUAGGCUUGCCUGACUCUCCAAAGUUAGCCAUGUUUAUGUCUUCUUUCAACCGUGAGAACCUUUAUUACGAGGCAUGUGAGCCUCUCGCAUAUGGAAAUCGGUAUGAAGACUUUCUCGGCUUCCUCAAGGAUAUUUACAAGAAUCAACAACAAAAGAACCAACAGUGUAUGAUGCAAAGCAAUGGAUCAGUUGCGGGAAUAAUUUACUGUGGACAGCGUGCAAUGUGCGAGGAAUUGGCUGAGCGACUUGUAGAAGAUGGUAUUAUGGCUGCUCCCUUCCACUCAGGAAUGACUCCGAAGCAGAAGGCGAGUGUUCAGCGUCGAUGGUGCGCAGACUCAAAAGCACUAAUUCAUAAUAAGGAUGGUUCAAAAGAAAACCCGGUGGAUGUAAUUGUGGCUACCAUUGCUUUCGGGAUGGGCAUUGACAAGCCUAAUGUCCGCUUUGUAUGUCAUUGGGAGCUCCCAAAAACUAUUGAAGGAUAUUAUCAGGAGAGUGGACGCGCAGGGAGAGAUGGGGCUCUUUCUCAUUGUAUUCUCUACUAUUCGCGUGAAGAUCGCGCCAAAAUCGAAUUUAUUCUUCAAGUCGAGAAAGAGCGUGUUCAAUCUAAGAAUGAAAAAUCCUCCAUAGGUUCUUCUGAUCAAAGGCGAAUUCCAGGCAUGGAUUCAUUGCAAUCGUUUCAGAGCAUGGUGAACUAUUGUGAAAAUGUCACUCAAUGCCGACACGUGUACCUCUGCGAGUACUUUGGCGAGAUUAAUCUGGAUAAACAAGUUGUUUGCAAGGAUGGCUCUCGCUGCGACAUCUGUCAGACGCCUGAUAAGGUAGUGCGGGAGAAAGCCCAGAAGUUAUCGAAUGUUCAAGGAAAUGGAGCCUAUGUACAGUAUAUGGGGGGAAGUAAGACGUCCAUUGGCUUAGAUGGGAAUGUGCAGGUGCAAGGAUGCUGGGAAUCCGCAUCUGCCGUCUUGGGUCGUUACGACAAAGAUUUAGUAGGGGAUGAUGGCGAUGAAGAAAGCGAUCCUAACUCGAAUAGCGACACAAAUAGCGACAAUGCCAGCGACAACUCAAAAGGAAGCUUACAUGAGAACGAUGAGGAUUAUGACUCUGAAGCUGAACGAAAAGCGAAGCGGAGAAAAUUGCUUUUUGGUGUGUAUCUGAUAACAUUAUGUAUGACGAUUCAAUUUUUCAUUGCAACUAUAUUCACUAUUAACAUCUUUUCUUAUAUCUAUAAAUAG